AUGAGGCGUCCGUCGCACCCCUGUGCUUCCUCACUCCCUUCUUCCCUCUGUGCUUCCUCACUCCCUUCUCCCCUCUGUGCUUCCUCACUCCCUUCUCCCCUCUGUGCUUCCUCACUCCCUUCUCCCCUCUGUGCUUCCUCACUCCCUUCUCCCCUGUGUGCUUCCUCACACCCUUCUCCCCUCUGUGCUUCCUCACUCCCUUCUCCCCUCUUUGCUUCCUCACUCCCUUCUCCCCUCUGUGCUUCCUCACACCCUUCUCCCCUCUGUGCUUCCUCACUCCCUUCUCCGCUCUGUGCUUCCUCACUUCCUUCUCCCCUCUGUGCUUCCUCACACCCUUCUCCCCUCUGUGCUUCCUCACUCCCUUCUCCCCUCUGUGCUUCCUCACUUCCUUCUCCCCUCUGUGCUUCCUCACUCCCUUCUCCCCUCUGUGCUUCCUCACUCCCUUCUCCCCUCUGUGCUUCCUCACUCCCUUCUCCCCUCUGUGCUUCCUCACUCCCUUCUCCCCUCUGUGCUUCCUCACUCCCUUCUCCCCUCUGUGCUUCCUCACUCCCUUCUCCCCUCUGUGCUUCCUCACUCCCUUCUCCGCUCUGUGCUUCCUCACUCCCUUCUCCGCUCUGUGCUUCCUCACUUCCUUCUCCCCUCUGUGCUUCCUCACUCCCUUCUCCCCUCUGUGCUUCCUCACUCCCUUCUCCCCUCUCUGCGUCCUCACUCCCUUCUCCCCUCUGGCUUCCUCACUCCCUUCUCCCCUCUGUGCUUCCUCACUCCCUUCUCCCCUCUGUGCUUCCUCACUCCCUUCUCCCCUCUGUGCUUCCUCACUCCCUUCUCCCCUCUGUGCUUCCUCACUCCCUUCUCCCCUCUGUGCUUCCUCACUCCCUUCUCCUCUCUGUGCUUCCUCACUCCCUUCUCCGCUCUGUGCUUCCUCACUUCCUUCUCCCCUCUGUGCUUCCUCACUCCCUUCUCCCCUCUGUGCUUCCUCACUCCCUUCUCCCCUCUGUGCGUCCUCACUCCCUUCUCCCCUCUGUGCUUCCUCACUCCCUUCUCCCCUUUGUGCUUCCUCACUCCCUUCUCCCCUUUGUGCUUCCUCACUCCCUUCUCCCCUCUGUGCUUCCUCACUCCCUUCUCCCCUCUGUGCUUCCUCACUCCCUUCUCCCCUCUGUGCUUCCUCACUCCCUUCUCCCCUCUGUGCUUCCUCACUCCCUUCUCCCCUCUGUGCUUCCUCACUCCCUUCUCCCCUCUGUGCUUCCUCACUCCCUUCUCCGCUCUGUGCUUCCUCACUUCCUUCUCCCCUCUGUGCUUCCUCACUCCCUUCUCCCCUCUGUGCUUCCUCACUCCCUUCUCCCCUCUGUGCGUCCUCACUCCCUUCUCCCCUCUGUGCUUCCUCACUCCCUUCUCCCCUCUGUGCUUCCUCACUCCCUUCUCCCCUUUGUGCUUCCUCACUCCCUUCUCCCCUCUGUGCUUCCUCACUCCCUUCUCCCCUCUGUGCUUCCUCACUCCCUUCUCCCCUCUGUGCUUCCUCACUCCCUUCUCCCCUCUGUGCUUCCUCACUCCCUUCUCCCCUCUGUGCUUCCUCACUCCCUUCUCCCCUCUGUGCUUCCUCACUCCCUUCUCCCCUCUGUGCUUCCUCACUCCCUUCUCCCCUCUGUGCUUCCUCACUCCCUUCUCCGCUCUGUGCUUCCUCACUCCCUUCUCCCCUCUGUGCUUCCUCACUCCCUUCUCCCCUCUGUGCUUCCUCACUCCCUUCUCCCCUCUGUGCUUCCUCACUCCCUUCUCUGUGCUUUCGCACUCCCUUCUCCCCUCUGUGCUUCCUCACUCCCUUUUCCCCUCUGUGCUUUGUCACCGAAUAUGCACGAGGAGCUCUUCUCGGGUCGCCAAGGCGAUCUCGAUGUGGAUGGAGAAGAGGAGAUAGACUCGGCGAAUGAGGUGCAGGAGUCGGAUCGUGAAGGCGGGACCAAGGGCGAUGACGAGUUCCAGGAGAGCAGGCGAGCAGCGCGAAAUGCCCGCGAAAUGCCCGCUGGAGUCAAGGACGAUGAUCCCGCGCAGGCGGGCGUGGCGGCGAAGCCAAACGCGGCGGAGGCGGACGGACAGAGCGGUCGAAAUCUGCCACGCGGCGGAGAGGAAGGUGACGGCGGGGGGCGUGGCAGUGGCGGACGCUCUCCAGAUCCGCGUCGGCGAGGUGACGUAGAGCGCGGCGGCGGCAUGCGCUCGCCUGAUCCGCGGCUGAAUCGUGAUGGAGGGCGCAGCGGCGGUGCGCGAUCGCCAGAUCCACGGCUGAAUCAUGUGAGGGGACGUGGCGGUGGCGCGCGCUCGCCAGAUCCGCAGCUGACUCGGGAUGUGGGACGUGGCGGUGGCGGACGCUCGCCAGAAUCGCGGCGGAGCCGUGAAGGGGAGCGUGGUGGCGGCAUGCGCUCGCCAGAUGCACGGGGGAUGCGGGAGGAGAAGCGUGGAGGCGGCCAUCGCUCGCCAGAUCCGCGGCAGCACCGAGACGGUGGGCACUGGGGCGGAGCGCGCUCACCGGAUUCGCGGAGGUAUCACGAUUGGAGGUGCGGGGGGGGUCGGCGCUCACCUGGUCCCUAUCAACCCCGUGAGGAGAGACGAGGAGGCGGCGACCGCUCGCCUGAGCAGCAGCGUUAUUAUGGAGAGAAGCGUGGAAGUGAGGCACGCUCGCCUGACUGGCACAUGUAG